UCCAUCCAUCCCUCCAUCCAUCCAGCCCUCCGGGCUGCAGCGCCCGCCAGUCCGGCCCAGCAGCGUGCCCUUGCCCGGGCGAAGCCCAGCUGGUCCCUCCCACCGCCUGGCAUCUCCAGCCCCAACCGCUCUCCCUCAUGAUGCCCGCCCGCAAGGCGCGGAAAAGCGCGCAGCUCAGCACGGCUCCUGCAGAGCAGGAUGCUGUGGCAGAAUGUGCUGCUCAACUGCGGAAAAUUGGAGAUAAGUUGAAUUUACAACAGAAACUUCUAUAUGUACUUUACAAACUCUUCAGCCCAGGAACCUGACCUCCCUUCAAAAAAAUAAUAAAAAGUAUUUUUUUUUAAAUGGAAGCAUCCGGAAGGCCCAGAUUUCAUCAAGACUAACAGAUUGCAUUGGUUACUGAGAGUGUUGUGUUGGUGGAGAAAGGAUAUCUAUUGGAGAUGUAUUGGAAGACGUGGUUGUGCAUCUGGAAAAUUGGUGACAGCCAUUUUCAAAUAGAAAAUGUUCGGGGAUUUGGCGGGUGGGGGGAACAAGACAAAAUUGGAAGAAUCCUGAAUGAGGAAUUUUCUGCAGUAAGAAGUGCUGCAUCAGUGUUACUAAAGUUACUGUUCAUCAAGUUCAUUUGCACACCGACCGGACAGAGAACAUGGAUCCAGCGGCUGACAGGGAAGGAUGCCCACUUCUUCUUCUGAAUACAGAACUGGAAGGAGGCAUAUUUCCUGGCUUCAUUCAUAGUUCCUGAUGGUCUUGAAAAUGUUUUUCUUUGUUUGAUUUUUAGGGUUUUUUUUUUUUUGUUUUUCAUUUUGGUUUUGAUUUUUUUAAAUAAAAAACAAAACACUCCAGCCAACGAAUCUGGAAUGAAAUAUUUGUCUUUGACUCAGGUCACUGCAGUUGUCAAAGAAUUUUGGUGCUCUGUAUAGGAAAUCUAAAAUGAUACCCUUUAGGAUUAGGUUAGCAGUAUUAACAAUGUCUAGUUUGCAGGUCUGCCUCAUGAGUGUACAAUAUUACAAUGUGCUUUCUUUGGAAAUCUGUAGAACAAAAUGACCAGAGUCACUUUAAGCUUUUCUGUAGAGUUUAGCGCAUCAGAACAAACAGAGAAAGCAUAAUAAACUGCACUUCAUAUUUUCAAGGGUCUGAUCUUCUAGGUGAACUUACACUUGAAAUAUUUCUGCUGAAUUCAUUAAUGACAUAGUCACAUUCUGGCACAAUGAAAUUUCACACUCCAUAUACUAGUUUUAUAUCAAAUUAAGGUUAUGGUGGAAUUAGUGUCAUAAAGAAUGUUUAAAAUGAAAUGAAUCAUAUGCAUGUUUUAUCAAAUGCAAUUCAUUAGUAAAUAAGUCAUAAUAUAAUCAUCAGUGGCUCUAUUUGAAAAAGGCAGCAGAGGUUGUUAAAGAGACGAGAGUAUCGUUACAAGAAAAAGCCUUCAGUGAUAUGCUUGACAAAACUAAUGCUGGUGAGUUGCAUAUCAGCAAGUAGCUUUGGAUAAAAGGCACCUUUAGGAGAUGAAGUAAUAAAUAAUAGUAUUAAUGAUGGAUUUAUGUGAAUGAAACUUUACUUCACAUUGGUCAAGGGCUUGCAGUGGAAUUUUUUUACACUGAAUUAUACAGUAUUUUCAUACAUACUUGAUAAUUUUAGCUCUGGGAUAUAAAAUGACCAGAAGAAGAAUGUUAGUGCAGUAUUUCUUACUUGCUGUAUUCUUCCCCCAUUAGAAUGGAUGGAGGCAAGGUGGCCAGAGGUUAAAGGGACAUUUUGCAUUGAUUCUGGCCUAUUAACAUAGUCCUCAAAUGCAGAGGUUCUGGUCUUAAUUUAACAAACGAUCAGCUAUUCAGUAAAGAGAUUUGCUUUAUUUAUUUAGUCUAUUUAUAGAUUCUGUGUUCAGACCCUGUUCUUUGGUAUGUGUGUGUUACUUGUUUAUUGAAAACAUUUUCUCCAAGUUAUACAGAAAAGGAUUUAUAACUGUACUGCUUGGUCAGGAAAACUGAAUGUAGCAUGGGGUUUUCUGAGUACCAAAUUAAAAACUACUAUCUAGUUUUUUUUCAAUGGGGCCCAGGGCUUCCUAAUUUUAAUAAACUUGGGGUUUCUGGUUACAGUGGUCAGGCAUUUUGGCUAUAUUGUAAUGGUAUUUUUACCAUUAAUAUAAUUUGUUACUGUGUUAAUAAACUAAUAAAAUGAUAACUAGUA